AUGUCGAAACAGCCGGUUUCCAAUGUCAGAGCCAUCCAGGCAAAUAUCAACAUCCCAAUGGGAGCCUUUCGGCCGGGAGCUGGGCAACCUCCCAGAAGAAAAGAGUGUACUCCGGAAACAGAGGAGGGUGUUCCUCCUACCUCGGAUGAGGAGAAGAAGCCAAUGCCUGGAGCGAAGAAACUUCCGGGACCUGUGGUCAAUCUUUCAGAGAUCCAGAAUAUCAAAAGUGAACUGAAGUAUGUUCCCAAAGCUGAGCAGUAG